AGAGACCCCACUAGCCAAUGUAUGCUGACAUAGUGUGCAAUCUCUCCUGAACAGCCCAAGUACUUCCUCCUCGAAUAAGCUUCUGAGUCGUCUGCAUGGCUGCGGCUCCAACUUCCAGCUUCCUUACUUCCAUGUCUGCCCAACCACCUCGUACUGUCCAAGCCUUGGUCAAUGAGGAGGUCAGGGCACCUCCGCCUGUGCGAUUAUACCCAUCACAACAUAGAGUCAGCAUGACUCGGUACGCCACUUCUACCGACCCACGGGGCUACAUUCCCGUUUUCGAAUAUCCUUUAAACGGCCAGUACAUUAUGAUUGACUGUGAGACAGGCAUGGUGCACUUCACGGGGAUAUGGAAAGCACUCGGACACACCAAGGCGGAUGUGGUCAAGUUGGUAGAGUCCGACCCUACCAUUGCACCCUAUCUACGCAAGGUCAGAGGGGGGUAUCUGAAAAUCCAAGGAACAUGGCUUCCGUUCGACACCGCUCAAACCUUGGCGCGAAGAGUAGCCUGGCAAGUUCGCUACGAUUUGGUCCCGCUCUUCGGCCCCGAUUUUCCUGAUACUUGUCUUGGACCCGGAGAGCCUGGAUUCGGUCAACUGCUGCUAUCAGCCCCGAAGCCCAGAGGGCGCCGGGGUGCCAAGAAGGCGGCAGCUGCCCCUACAGUCGCCCACGAGAGAACCGCAUCUCCUCAAGAUAAUCGCAGUCAGAGUCGGCCAGGCCCGUACCCUUCCCAAGAAUCUUUCGGCAAUCGCUGUUCCGGUCGAGUUGAAGCCGUCGGUGCGAUGAAUGGUUACAGCCCAAUGUUAUCCCAAGCGAGGUAUUCGCCGUACACUCGAGCGCCAGUUCAUCGAAUCACCCAGUUGGAGCCUUUGCCUAGUUUGAUCCAACCGAACCAAAGCUGCCCGCAUCCAACUGCCGAUUCUAUGUACUCAAGUCACUAUCACCAAAGUCCAAGACAAUCAAUGAUGACCUCUCAUGGUGCUGGACCUUAUGGCCAACAGCAUCUCACCGGCUCAACAGCAUCGGGUAUGCAAAGCACAGCCCCGCUCCCAUCAAUGCGUCCCCAUCAAGCACAUCAAUCUGAGAACAAUUUCUUCGAGACUUAUCGGGGACCCGACUCUUUUGAAGCCUUGAGCAAUAAAUGGCUAGCCCCCGAAGUUGCCAAUCCAAGUCUGAAUGAUAGCGGUCUACUCCAUGGAGAAGGUGGGUGUCUGCCGCCCUUGCAGUACUCCAACAACCCCGUGCUUCGGAACGGACCAUCUGGGUCUCCCACGAAUCAAUACAAUUUUCCAAAUCAGAUUGAUUCUGCACAUUCCAGUCACCACAUAGAUUCCAAUCAGACUCAGCAUGUUCAUCGUCACGCAGGUUUUCCCUACGAGUCACAACAUCAAUCAAACUUCCGACAUGAUCUUUCGACUGAGGAAGCAGCUCACCACCCUGCCUCCCCUUCGCAACAACCACCUCCCAGUGUCACCUAUGAUAAAGCCCACAACUCAGAACCGCAGGCUGGUUCCCAAGCCGCAAAUGUGACGGCAGGAUGCUAUGCAGCAUCAGGAUCAAACUCGACCGGGAAUCCCGCUGGCUCGCCGGGAUCGCACUCUUCACACGUUCCUAAAAGUCCCACGCCCAGCUCGGCUUCUACUUCAACCCACAUGCAGAACUCUCACAAUCCCAACUCCCACCGCUCACCCUCAAACACCCUGACCAACAUGAGUAACAAUGGCGGCUUUAAUAGCAACACGCAGGGCGAGGAGGCUAUACAGUUUUCGGUCUUGACCUCGCCGGCUCAUUUGGAGACUAGUGGACCGUCGGAGAACUCGAUCCCCCCAGCUCAAUCCUCAGAUUCGGAUUGGAAUCCCGCUCAAAAUACUACCGGUCUAUCCCCAAGUCAGGCACCGAGGCAAUAAUCUCAUUGUCGGAUGAAGCUGAGCAUCUUACAGUACUCAACUUGGUCGCGAUGAGAAAAAUUCCCCUCGAUGUCUGCGACAUUCCCAUCGUCCAAUGUCGUCCUCUGCGGAUGUGAUCUUGGUUUAUUGUGGUAUGGUAUUGUGAAUUGCUUGCACGCUUGUUGUUUCAACCUAUGUCUCAGUGAUUGUGUUUCCUUGUUCUCUUGCAAUUAUCGUUUUUUUUUCUCUUCUUUUCUUUGACUCAGACUGUAAAACCAAGACGCUUUUUUUAUAUCUUUCUUGCAGUCUUUCUUGCAGUAUCUCAGUACAACGUUUGUCCCGUGUGAGGGACAAAUCUUCGGAUCUUCUUUGGCAUUUUCUUGUACCUAGGCUUGUAUUGAUCUUUCUUGCAUUCUAAUUGAAUGAUUAAUAUCCAAAUAAAACAG